AUGGGGAAGAAGCCGCGGGCCGCGCCCGGCCGCCGGCCCAUCCUGCAGCUCUCGCCGCCCGCCCCGCGCCGCGACGAGGCCGCGGGGCCCGCAGGCGACGGGGGGGACUCGGGCUCCGAGCCGGAUGAGCCCGAAGCGGUGGCGGAGCCCCCACGCAACCCGCCCAACCCGCCGCCCCCCGCGCCCGCCGCUGUCAAAGCCACAGGAGGUCUGUGUCUGCUGGGAGCCUAUGCCGACAGUGACGAUGAGGAGGGCGAGAACCUGGAAAAGCCGGCCCGUUCCAUGGAUGCCAACGGCAGCAAUUCCACCGACAUCGACAGCACCCUGGCCAACUUCCUGGCGGAGAUCGAUGCCAUCACGGCCCCUCCGCAGCCCGCAGAGCCCACUGCUGCCCCCUCCUCCUCUUCCUCCUCUGUGCCUCCCCCCACACCGCCCCGCCCAGAGCCAAAGGACUCAGGCACGGGCCUGUCUGCGGGCACAGCCAACGGCGCGGGCACGGCGCCGGCCCCGGAGUGGCAGUAUGACACCCAGUGCUCGCUGGCCGGAGUGGGAGAGCUGGAGAUGGGUGACUGGCAGGAAGUGUGGGACGAGAACACCGGCUGCUACUACUACUGGAACACGCAGAGCAACGAGGUGACCUGGGAGCUGCCGCAGUACCUGGCGACGCAGAUCCAGGGCCUGCAGCACUACCAGCACAGCAGCACCGUGGCAGGUGCCAACGGCAGCUUUGUGGCAGCCACGGAGCCGUUCCCGCAGGAGAAGGGGACCCUGGGCAGCGCCGGCCGCGGGACCAGCCUCAGCAAGCGGGAGGUGAAGAAGGAAGUGAACGAGGGCGUGCAGGCCCUCUCCAACAGCGAGGAGGAGAGGAAGGGCGUGGCCGCGGCCCUCCUGGCCCCGCUGCUGCCCGACGUGGUGAAGGAGGAAGAGGAGCGCUGGAGGAGGAAGGUGAUCUGCAAGGAGGAGGUUGAGCCGCCUCCGGAAGAGGAGGCGAAAGCGGAAGAGACGCCGACUGCCCCCGAAGAGCCAGAGCCCAGCAGGGACCCCCUGGAAGACACAGGGCAGGAGGAUCUGUGCAGUGUGGUGCAGUCGGGGGAGAGCGCUGAGGAGGAAGAGGAGGAGCAGGACACGCUUGAGCUGGAGAUGGUGCUGGAAAGGAAGAAGGCAGAGCUGCGUGCCUUGGAGGAAGGCGAUGGCAGCGUCUCGGGCUCCAGCCCGCGGUCCGACAGGAGCCAGUCGGCCUCGCAGGACACGUCCCGCAGGCUGGCCUCCAAGAGAGGGAAAUGGAAACUGCUGGCCGGAGCCGCCAGCCCCGAGUCUGCCAGCCGAGGCUCCAGCAAAACGGGCAGGGAGAGCCCAGAAGUGGGAGAAGCAGCCCCAAGCGUGGAAGCAGCUGAUCAGAGCUCAGACAAAGAGGCAGAAUCUGAGGAGCCCCAGGAAAAAGCAAAAUCCCAAGGGGCUCCAAAAAUGGAAGAGGAGGAGCAGGACCUAAAGUUUCAGAUCGGAGAGCUGGCAAAUACUCUGACUAGUAAAUUGGAGUUCCUGGGCAUCAACAGACAAUCUAUCUCCAACUUCCACAUGUUGCUGUUGCAGACAGAGACCCGCAUUGCAGACUGGCGAGAAGGUGCUCUCAAUGGAAACUACCUCAAACGCAAACUCCAAGACGCAGCCGAACAGCUUAAACAAUACGAAAUAAACGCCACCCCUAAAGGCUGGUCCUGCCACUGGGACAGGAUCUCUGGAUCAACUCUUCUGACCAACAGCUCUGCCAAAGGACAAACUUCAACUCACCGACGGAAUGAAGAACAAGAUUUCUGUCUUCUGCCAGCAGGGAGCAUAGACGCUAUUUCUAUGUUAACGAACGCUCGGGAGAGUCGCAAUGGGAGUUCCCCGACGGGGAGGACGAAGAGGAGGGACAACGAAGCGCCGACAGAAAACCCGACGGUCCUCCUAAGCCCCCUCCCAAAGACAAAGGAGAGCGCGCCGAGGAGCCCGCCGAGCGCCCCGCAGUCCUCUGUCCCGGUCCUCCAACCUCCCUUGCCUCUGGAAAUGCCUCCGCCGCCUCCACCUCCCCCCGACUCACCACCACCGCCCCCACCGCCCCCCCCACCACCUGGAGAAGAUGGGGAGAUCCAGGAAGUGGAGAUGGAAGAUGAGGGGGGCGAGGAGCCCCCUGCCCCAGGAACAGAGGAGGAUGCUCCCUUGAAGUCUCUGGUGCGCCCUGCUGCCAGCAGCAGCCAGGGCGCUGUCGAUCCAAGCCCAGCCCCACUGAUGUCGACCAAGCCGCAGAAGAGGAAAGCUGUGGAGAUGAGCCCUGGGCUGAUGCAGCGCACGGCCACCAUCGGCAGCUGCCCCGUCAUCUACAGCCAGCCCCUGAUGGCCACCAGCAAGUACCAGCCAUCAGCUGUGCCCUUGGCCUCCCUGCGGCCCCGCCAGCGCCUCCAGAGCGACAUCCAGGGCCGCCCCAACCUCCGCAUGGCCCCGGGCCACGCCGGCCCCCAGCCCACGGCGGCGCUGGGGCUGCAGUCCGGCUACCUGGGUGUGACGGCUCCAGCUGCGCCUUCUGUGAUGGGAUACUCGGAGUGCGCCGCUCCCGUCAGCCUGGGCACCGCGGCCGCCGCGCAGCCCGCCCCGGCACGGGGGGCCCUGCCCGCCGCCGAGCAGCCACCACCCCCGCCGCCCCCACAGACACCCCCGCCGCCCGCCCCCAAGGCCCCGCCGCCGCCAGACAAGGAGAAGCCGAGGAAGGGGCGCAAGGACAAGGGCAAGAAGGGCAAGACGAAGAUGCCGUCGCUGGUGAAGAAGUGGCAGAGUAUCCAGCGAGAGCUGGAUGAGGAGGAGAACUCCAGCUCCAGCGAGGAGGACCGGGAGACCACAGCCCAGCGGCGCAUUGAGGAGUGGAAGCAGCAGCAGCUGAUGAGUGGCAUGGCAGAGAGGAAUGCCAACUUCGAGGCGCUGCCCGAGGACUGGCGCGCGCGGCUGAAGCGGAGGAAAACUGCCUCGAGCACUUGAGGCACGUUAGUGCCACACACCAAGCUCUCUUUUUUUUUUACAGAUGUACAGUUCCCUUGACCAUUGUCCAAUAAAUUGUGGAAGUUUGGGAA